UUCAUUCUCGCUCCAAACAAACAUAGCCUAACUAAACUGCAGGACCCUCACUGCCUCACGACCUCACUCACUCACUCCUCCUUCCUCUCAUCUUGAGCUCCUUCCUCACUCCCUCACUUCUGUCCAGCCACCGCCCUGUUACCACCGCCGUCGCAACUUCUGGAAGCGGCCUUCCCCACUGCCGUCGUCUCCGCCACCAAUUGAACUUCGAAGCCACUAUCCCGCCGCGCCUCGUGCCUCCAUCGCACAGCCACUGUCCCGCCGCGCCUCGUGUCUCCAUCGCGCAGCCACUGUCCCGCCGCGCCAGCUCUGUUCCACCGCGCUCCAGUCCUUCAGCGGCUUCAGCUCUGUUCCAUCGCGCAGCUCUUCCCUCGAAGAAGCUGUCUGCCGUCGACAGCAUCGCCGCCGCAUCCGCCGGUCGUCCCUCCUCUUCCUCCACUUCAAAUUGGAUACUCUCUGUUUCUGUUCCUGUUCGAUACUUUCUUUUUUCCCCGGUUGAAAAAAAAAAAAAACUAAGAGCAGAAUGCUAUGAAUCUCCCUUCUCUCACUUACUUCCCUCAGAAACUUGUUCCUCCUCUCUGCUCUGCUCUUACCAACUCCACCAGAAGCAGUGGUACUGCUGAUAAUAUUGCUAUUGAAGGUUGCAAUUUGAAGUUCUCGUUCACAGCAAUGAGGCAAGCGAAGGUUGUGCCUGUGCUUAGGGAUUGUUCGUUUCGCAUUCCUUCUGGGCAGUUUUGGAUGCUUCUUGGACCAAAUGGGUGUGGAAAAUCUACCCUCUUGAAGAUUUUGGCUGGUCUAUUGAAUCCAACUUCAGGAAUAGUGCAUGUGAAUGAACCCAAGAGUUUUGUUUUUCAAAAUCCUGACCAUCAGGUGGUGAUGCCAACUGUAGACGCUGAUGUUGCAUUUGGUCUUGGUAAGUUCAGCUUGACUAAUGAUGAAGUAAGGUCUAGGGUGUCGAGAGCCUUGCAUGCUGUAGGCCUCUCUGACUACGAGAAGAGAUCUGUCCAAACUCUGAGUGGUGGUCAGAAGCAGAGGGUUGCAAUUGCCGGUGCUUUAGCAGAAGCUUGUAAAGUUCUGUUGUUGGAUGAGCUCACAACAUUCUUAGAUGAAACUGACCAGGUCGGGGUUAUCAAGGCUGUUAGAAACUCUUUGGAUACAUCUGCAGAAGUUACAGCAUUAUGGGUGACCCAUCGUUUGGAAGAACUAGAAUAUGCAGAUGGUGCCAUAUACAUGGAGGAUGGGAAAGUUGUCAAAUAUGGAGAUGCAGCUAGCAUUAGGAGUUUCAUUGAAGCCAAGCAAUCUGAAUAUCUUUCAAAUGCAUAUUAGGUAACAGGUAAGAAAGGGCAAGAAAUUUCGGUUCAAGGUGGAGUAAUUGAUGAUUUGGCAAAGCAUUUGAUUGAACAAUAUGGAGUUACAAAAAGAUACAUUGAAGUUCUUGAUAAAACCAAGAAAUGAACAAAACAUAAAAGUGGUUGUUUGUAACACCCAUUUAAUGCUCUGCUUGGAUGUGAGAGUUGUAUGAACUAAAACAUGAAGUAACUUAAAUGAUCAAUUUUAAAUACUCUUCCAAGUUACAACAUUGGUUGAUGUUUUACUAAGUGAUUAAUGAUAUACAAAUUUAUGG